AUGCUGUGCACGCGCGUUCUCGUGCUUAUCUUCGUGCUGCUGCUUGCAGCAUGCGGUGUGUGUGCGGCGCUGCUCCCACUCAUGCGGACGAAGGGGCCCAUGAUUGACGGCCAUCCCUCAGAAAGGGUGAUGUUCUUGUGGUACGAAGAGACCAAGUUCACAGUUGGGCCUGCGCACUACUACACCCGCACCUACCAUCGCAACAGCACCUGCGCUGGGUUCAAAACAGCUGCAUUAGCCAGCGCCGCUCUCGACGUGGCGGGGUGCGGCUUAGCUGGCAUUAUCGGUUUACUGGCCGCCGCACAUCUCUACUCACGCAUGAAAUUCAGCAUCUGCUGCUCCAUCAUGGUGCUCUGCUUCGUGGCCUUUGCUUGUUUCGCCGCUUCGGUCGCGACGGUGAUAUUUACCUUUUUCACAGACACGUGCGUGAACGAUAAUGCGACGCGGGUGGUGGCCUUGCGUGACCAGGGCUUCGUCCUUGUGGAGGGGUUCAUUUUCCUCUGUAUAGCGGCGGGCGGCUUCCUCAUUGCUGUCUUUGUGGAAAUCUUCAGCUAG